GAGUUUCUAAAUUUGCCAAGUUUAAGGAAAUUGUGUAAAUCAAUGUUUAUGAUGACUGUCCUUGAAUAUUCUGUUGUAUGUCCUCUAUGUAAAAGACUGGCCGAAUAUCAGCUGAUGCCUUCAGUAAAAGUUUCUUGGAGUGGAGUGCUGUAAAGUUUGAGGUGGACAGGAUGUGCAAGGAGCCAUGCUUUAGCUGCCCUGCCUGCACUCCAGACAUGCUUGCCGUCUCAGUUGAUGGAAACCGCAAGCUUUAUCGCUUUCAGUCUAAUGCAAGCACUUCAGAGCAGGGGAACUUUGAAGGUGUCUUCAUUGAAAAAGAUGAGGAAGAUUCUGAGUUUGUGAAAUACAUCCAGAGACACACAAAUCAUGUCCCAGGGAAAGGGUUGUGCGGAUCUUCAUCUUGGACUGCAGCAAAGGAGUCGUCCAAAAAGUCCACUGGGAAGUUGGAUGAAGAGGGCGUGGAAAUAGCUGUUUGUCACCACGGAGUCCUCUUAGCUGCAUUGAACAUGUUUCGAGGGGAGAUCUUUGCUUACCCUCUUUUUCUCCAGAGGAAGUUGGCAGCUAGCUUCCCAGGACAUAUUACGUUCCUUUGCUCUGAUGUGGCCUGUAAAUAUUUCCCCUAUUUAACCAAGGUGGCUCAGCAGUGCCCUGAGCUGAGGAACCUCUUGUCAAUGCGUCCUUUUCUCUCCGUCAUGCAUGCAAAGGCUCACACUUGGAAAUGCGAGGUAUACUGCAGCCUCGAUACGCGCUUCGCGGAAACGCCCCCUCCAUUACUCGACACACGCUCCGAAGCCUCGAUACAGAACGACCCAUCACUACCUGCCCGGGUGUGGCAGCGUGUGUGGAGUUUUGGAGCGAGUGUGCGGAGGAGCUGUGGCGGUGACUGUGUGGAAGAGGAAGCGUGUGUGUGGAUUUCCCCCUCCUUCUCUCCUUGGAGCGCUGGACCCCCCUCCCAACUCACUGUACAUAUAUAUAGCACUGAGGUGAUCCCUGUUGUAAAUAAAUCUCCUUUUGUUCUCUGA